UUCGUUUUCCACAUUUCUUAAGUAUCAUUGGAAUCAUCUCACUGAUAUCAAAUAUCCUUGUUCCUUGUUCUUGUUUUUUUUUUUUUUUUUUUUUUUUUUUUUUUUUCAACUAGGCAGGAGCUUACUUUAUCGUGACAAAUUCGAAGAGAUAGAUAUAACUUGUUUUUAAAUUGAAAAGUAUGGUAUUUAUGAGAUGUGUAAAAUGCUGCAAAUCGAGGUUCAUGUUUCCUAAGUUUAGCCAUUUUUAUUCUUCUUUUCUUUAUUGGGUUUAUGAUGACAAUCAUAUUGACUUUAAUGAACCUCAAGCAUUCAUGUCUGUGUGGGCAAAUAAAUCCAAAAUUUUUGGUUUAGACUUUGCUUUUGUAACUUAACACUUUUAAGUGCCAGCCUAAUUUCGAAAUAAAUUUAAUUUAUCCAUACAACAGGAUUUUGAUUUGUUGAUAUCCUCAAGGAAGUUUGCUUUGGAAAUUUUUAAGUCUUACCUAAUCUCACCCUGCCUCUGUAUAUAGUUUAAUGAUAAAUAUUUGAUUCAUUUGUAAGAAACUUGAAAACCUCGUGUUGAAAAAUUAGCAUCCUUCCUACCAAAGCAGUUAUGAUCGUCUUUCGUUGAUCACACUGGGCUGGAACAGUGGUAAUGACCAGCGUUUUGAACGGCGCAUUUCCAUCAUGUUGCUUUGCGAUAGAGACACUUUCUACCGUUCAUCCAAGGAUUUAAUUUUAGAAUAUACUUCAUGCACAUAACUGAUAGGAAAUAACUAUUGUUUAGUUUUCCGCUUGAAAAAAUGAGAAACCAGCCUAGACGCUCCAGUCCGUAAUCUGAGGGUUCCAUUUUUCAGUGUUAACCAUUGAUUUCUAACACUUUUGAUGGUAGUGAAAAAAGUUGCUCAUUUUUUCGUGGAGGCGAUUAUGUUUGGGCAUUUCAUUUUAUUUAAUAACUCCUACAAAUGCCUUAUUUCUGUACUACAAAUGACACCCUGCAGUAAACCCAAGUGCAUGUAAUCUACUUGAUGGAAAAUGUCGAUCCUCAACAAUUUUCCAUCAAUAAAUGUGUGCAUUGAAUACAGAAUUAAAACGUCACAUUUCUAUGUGCACCUUAAUUGCUGCUUAAUUCAUAACUAAGCUCAUGGCAUGUCUGUAAGUAAUCUCCUUAAAAAACUUCGAGCAGUAAAGGAAUAUGGAUUGUUUGAUCAACGUAAGAGGUAACCAUGGCAACCAUCAAGCUCUAGGUCUAUGAGGGAAUUUUACUUCAACUUGUUCUCUGGAGCACCUAUUUCUUUUAAGCUCUCAUUAUUCUAUAAAACACUUGUCAUCGUUUUAAUUCUUAAAUUACUUACUGAAGAAAUCAAGGUUUGCAUUACAGCAAACAGCAUCAUUGAUCAGAAAUCAUCAGUUUUUAACUUAAAGAAUAAUUUAAUUAUUUAACAGAGGUUCACAAACUUUAAACUUCCUUCUUCACUGAUUAACUUCCAACUUAUUUUACUGAUCAUUUAAUUUACAUAUUCUCACUGUUCCAUCAUGCCAAUUUUCAUCAAAAAUUAUUCUUGGCGCCAAACUCCUCUAUCUAUUAAUAUUCGUGUCCCACUAAAAGGAGCAAAAAAAUCUAAGAUUGAUAUUUUUAUGCUUGAUAAUUUCAUCAAGGUCAGUUAUCCACCAUUCCUCUUGGAAUUAUUUCUGGCUCACCCUGUUAAAUAUGAGGCGACUAAAUGCACGGUUAUUGACAAUGAACUUAUUUUUGAAAUCUGCAAAGAAGAAGCAAAAGAAUGGGAUAGUCUGGAGAUGAAGUUGACAAAGGAAGAGAAGUUAGAAAUGAAGACAAAAAUGAUCGAGAAGUCUCAAACAGAGGCCAUAAAAAGAGGGUCCCUAAAAACUCAAAGAAAGUCUGAGAGAGAGAAAUUUUCUAUCAAUGAACAAAUUAAACUAGAGACUAAAUACAUGACAACAAUUGACAAAGCUCGUCAGACAGAACGUGACAAAGCUAUUGAGAACUUUAAACAAUGGGAACAAGACUCAAUUAAAGUUGCAGUGAACAAAAAUGAUAUUUUCUCGGAUCAAGAUUUGAUGAAGGUGAACUCACAUCGACAGAAAAUUGAAAAAGCCAAAGGGAAAAAAGAGGAGGAAAACUUUGUACCUGUUGGAGAUUCUAAAUCAUUAGAUGGAGUUCAAGAAAAAAAAAGGAAUCCUCCUGAUCCUGAAAUUCGCAGUAUUGGUAGAAUUGACGUCCAAUUCACACCCCGUGAAUUCCCGACACCAUGUAGAGAAUCCAAACUUCCAGAGGAGGAAGAGUGGUUGCGAAAACAGGCAGAGGCAAGGAGAGCAGCAGGAUUUGUGUCAGAAGACUUGCGACCUGAGGAAUGUGAUCCACAGUGGCUGAAAGAAAAGGGAGACUCAUUUUUCAAGCUUGGCAAUUACCUAGGAGCUGUUAGUGCAUAUUCUCAUGGGAUCAAACUCAGUAAUAAAAUGGCAGCCUUAUAUUCCAACCGCUCUGCUGCACAUUUGAAACUAGGUAAUUUCCACAAGGCAGCGGAGGAUGCAUCUAAGGCACUUGACUUACUCCAGCCAGCCGUGGAGAUAAAUCGAGAAGCACGAGCCCAAGUGCAUGUGCGCCGAGGAAUGGCUCUUUGCAAACUUGGUUCAAUGAAAUACGGUCUGAUGGAUUUUGAGGCUGCCCUUAGACUUGUGCCUACGGAUGAUAAACUGCGCCAGGAUGUGGAAAAUAUUAAGCUUCAAAUUCAAAGAAAUUUUGAAAAUGACGGUGAAAUCACUGAUAUAGAAAUUUAAGCAACAGUUCUGUUACAAAGAUCUAUUGCCCAUCAUUACACAUAAGUUUUUUAAGUGAUGUUGA